AUGAAGAAGAAGAAGAAGAAUAGCAACAAGAAAUCCAUGGCCAGUGCUAGUGAUAUUAGAGAUUCGAUCUUUGUUUAUCCUUCUCAAGUUGUUGAUGAUGCUUCUGAGGCAGAUGAUGAAGCCGAUGAUGAUUUUGAAUUCGAUAUUAUUAAUCUGGAUGCUGAAAACAUUGAGGAUUCUUCUCAUCUAGAAAAUAGAGCUGAUAAAUCUAUAGAUCUAGAAACAGAGGUAAUAGAUAAAUCUGUUGAUGAAAAUUUGGAAAAAUCAGCUAAUGAAAAUUUGAUUGAUGAGGAAUUGAAGGAGAAUACUGAGCCUGAACCUCGAAAGUCUUUUGUUAGUCUUUUCGUUGAUAACAGGAAAUCUGGCAAUGGACUUUCUCUAAGUUUUUUUCCAUCUGCUCAAUCUAAUACUGUUUCAUUCAAUACUGAAGAAUGGACAGAAGGAGAAGUUCUUUGGAAAUCUGCUUUAUUAGGGCAUGUUAUUGGGUUAAAUACUAAAUUCAAGGCUAUGGAAUCUUUUGUUAACAAAUUUUGGGGUAAAAUUUCAAUUCUGAAGAUCUCCAUUAUCAAGCAAGGAUUGUUUCUUUUUUAUUUUCAAACUGAGAAACAAAUGCGAGAUGUCUUAGAGGCUGGUCCUUGGUUCUUUGGAUCUAGGCCUUUGAUGUUAAAGCCAUGGAGUAUUGACACAGAUUUAGAAAACCUGCAGGAUUUCUACUACCCAAUGUGGGUUCAAUUUCCAAAUUUGCGGCUUAAUCUAUGGAGCUCAACUGGUAUUAGUAAGGUUGCUAGCCUUAUUGGAAAACCAAUUGCAACUGAUAAGCUAACAGCUACCAGGCAGAGGCUGAGCUAUGCAAGAGUUCUAUUGGAAGUUAAAUUUCCAUUGAAGGAGCCAUUGCCAGAUCAAUUGAUUAUCCAAGGGCCUGAUGGAAGGAAUUAUACUCAGCCAGUAUUGUAUGAAUUUAAACCUAGAUGGUGUACCUUAUGUAGUAUGGUUGGGCAUAACAUUGAGCAAUGCAGGAGAAACAGAGCUAAAAAAGUGUGGGUACCUAUUAAGAAGCAGGUUGGAAAAGAAACUCAGGCUAACUCAGAGCAUUAUGAAAUGGUAAAUGACUCUACAAUUCAAAAUAGGACUAGAGGAGAAACAUCUAAGAGUGAUUCUGCAAUUCCUGUAGCAAAACAUGCACAGACUGAUACUCAGACUCCCAGAGACAGAAACAUAACAGAAAAUCUUGUAAAUGAGAAAGAAAUUGCUCCAAAUAUAUCAAAUCAGGGAAUGAAAGAUACUGGUGGCUACCUUAAGCAGAAUACUACAAAACAUGCACAACAAUGGGCUGUCAAUCAUCUCUAUUCUCUCUUCUGGAGCAACAAUCUGAUCCCCCUGGUGAAGAUAAAGGGGGACAUCCAAAUAAUGCAUUUUGCAAUUUGGAAUAUUAGAGGGUUUAAUAAAUCCUCUAAACAUAGGAUUGUGAAGCAACUUAUACAAGAUUAUAAUAUCUCAUUCCUUGCUCUUUUGGAAACAAAACUCCCCGAAAGCAAAAUGCAGAUGCUGGCAAGAAAAAUAACAAAAGACUGGAAAUGGAUCUCAAAUGCUCAAGGAGCUAUAAAGGGAAGGAUAUGGAUUCUCUGGGAUAAUGAAGUCCUCACAGUUCAAAAUGUUGUAUCAUCUGAUCAAUAUAUGACAUGCUCUAUUGUCUCCAGAGAUGGCAGAAUUACAUGUUUGUGCACUAUAGUAUAUGCUCUUAAUCAAAUGAUAGCCAGGAAGACCCUUUGGAAUGAUUUAUUAGCAUAUAAGCAAAAUGUCAAUUGUCCCUGGGUGAUUGGAGGGGAUUUUAAUGCUAUUAUUAGCAGUGAUGAAAAGAUAGGAGGUGCACCAAUCUCUCAAGCUGAUACUGAGGAUUUUCAGAGCUUUAUCAGUUCAAGUCAACUAACUCAUAUUAGAUCUACAGGUUGUUUUUUCACUUGGUGCAAUAAGCAAGAAGCUGAUUCAAGAAUAUGGUCUAGAUUGGACAGAUGCUUGGUAAAUGAUGAAUGGAUCCACAAUUAUACAUCCAGUCAAGUGGAAUUCCUCAAUCCUAGUUGCUCUGACCACUCUCCUGCUCUAUUAACAAUAGGAGAUGAUGUGACUGAGGGUAAAAGGCCUUUCAAAAUUUUCAACAUGUGGGCUAAGCAUUCAUAG